GAGUCAACCCGAUAAACAAAUUCAACAUCAAUUUACUACAUAUGAAGAGUUAAGAAAAUACACAAUUGAACAGUAUGAAGAUAACAUCAGCUAUUCUCACACAUAUUAUGAUGAACAUUCUGAAUACAGACAUGUUACUUUACCUAGACAAAUUGCUCAAUAUAUGCCACAUAAUAGGCUCUUGACAGAUGAUGAAUGGCGAAGUCUUGCACCUGAACCACAUAUUUUACUAUUUAAACGGGAAAAGUUUUACAAACAAAAAUAUUUAACUGAACAAACAACUGAACCUGACAAUCCAACUGCCACAACUACCACGUCUACGAAUGUUGAUGUUGUUGAUAACAAGGCAUUAUGA